AUGCUUCCUAACUUUGGGCACGACUAUGGUAACAUUGCGUCAAUGAACUAUGAGGGGGACAUCGAGGUAUUGAUAUCUGAUUUUAAAAGUCCAAACUAUGCGUCAGAUAUGCUCAGUGCGAAUCCUUUUGAGAUCCCCGCCCUCAGGAAGUCCAUUAACUUCGCUGCCCGUAUGCAGCAGGAUGCGUUUCAGUCCAUUCUCGACCGAUCAACCCUCAGCGCAGACAAGGAUGUCUUCAAUUACUUCCCUCCAGAGAUCCUUGAGAGGAUUGUGAUGUUUCUUCCAUCUCCUGACGUUCACUCUCUCCGCCUAGCAUCUCGUGUAUUCGCAACUCUCAGCCUGUCCGAACGCUUCUGGGCUUCACGAUUUUUAGAGGGGCACGAGUUUGACUACCUGCCUGAAGUCUUCGCGACCCCCCCAACAUCAUGGAGGGCUCUCUAUCUCUCACUUCACAUCUGGGCGUCUGAAAACAGCGGAAUGGGCAACCGCAGCCGUGUCUGGCUAUCCGUCAAAGACCUCCACGAAACACUUGGCCAGAUGAAAAAUGUGGAAUGCCUUGGGAACGUCAUCAGCACGGCUCUUGAGCCCGAGGCACCAAAGUCCAUGCCGGAACGUGAGUCCUUGAUUACUGCAGAAAGAUAUAUUUUCGAACCGGGAACUCACUUCAUGGGCGGCUCUCGUGUACUGCGAGCCCGGUCCGCAGAAUUCCCCCAGCAUCUCAAGAUGAUGCUCAUGUCUGUAUCAUUUGUUGACACUCCAGCUGGGCUAUUCAUCUCUGGGCUCAUGUUUGUUGGCGCUGAUGGCGUGUUUGAGUCUCUGGGAUACACUCACAAGUCCCAAAUGGAACACAUAACGCUUCCCGAAGAUCAACAUGUCAAAGGUUUCGAAGUGGCCUUCGACUGGGCUGGAGAUCCGGCGGACUACCCCAGGAGACGUCUCACCGAUGUCGAGGGCAUUUCCCUCAUCGUUGCCCAAUUCGAUGCGCUUAAACUUGUGUCGUUAAGCCGGGAUCGUAUAACAAAGAAACUGCAAGAACCGAGCGACAGAUUGCUCUGGCAUCCCGAAAUCCCAUCUUCCGAAAUAUUCUUGGACGGACUACGACCCCUCGACGAAGAUGUCAGCUCCGACGUUCCCAUCAUGACAGUUUUCUUUGGCGAGAACGACGGUCGAUACAUACGACAAAUGACGGCGAUAAACACCCACAUCUUCGACUGGUGUCACGUUAACCGCCUCAGCUUUGAGUUCAUGGACGAUAGUAUAGAGCGAUGUCUUGGAGAUGUUGAGUAUGAAAUAGAGCAAUCCGAUCGCGUGCCGUUAAGAUUCCCAGACCACGGCAAUUCCAUGGGACACUUGGAAAUUGACGGCGGAAGUGGUGAAGAGAUUGAGAGCCUCGAGGUUCAGUUUGACGAAGAUAUUAUCUUUGAACUCAAGUUCAAUCUCAACACCAAUCGUACUGAGCUUGUGAGCAACGGUGACGAUCCCUUUGAUGUGCCGUGGACCAAGGUUACUCCGCGUGGUAAAAAGAUCAUUGGCAUGUUUUCGCAGGGCGCUAAGAAUCGAUGGGGUGCCAAGACGUUCCAUAAUUUGGGCUUCAUUUCUACUAACGAGGAACAGGAAUAG